UUUGGGGAGAGGUUAGGGCCGGACGGGUGAGUUACGGACUUUUACACCAUUUAAUAGAAUUUUGACACGUAAGUAUUUCAAGUGAACAAUAAUAGAACUACAAACAUGUAAGUAAAUCUCAUUUUCCUUUUUCUCUCUUUCCUCUCGUCGCGCUCUCUCUCCCUUCUCUCUCUCUCUUCUUUCUAGUGCGCUCUCUCUCCUCGCUCUGCCAUUGCUAAGGUCUUAUUCGUCUUAAAGGAUUUUGAGAGGCAAGAUGUCGUCUUCGAACUCUCCCUGCGCAGCGUGCAAGUGCAUGAGGAGGAAGUGCACGCAGGAGUGCUCGUUCGCACCCUAUUUCCCGCCGGACCAGACCCAGAAGUUCGCAAACAUACACAAGGUCUUUGGCGCCUGUAACGUGAGCAAGCUUCUCAACGAGCUCCACCCCUCGCAGCGCGAGGACGCCGUAAAAUCGUUGGCAUACGAGGCAGAAACUCGUCUGCUGGACCCGGUGUAUGGUUGCGUUGGCCUCGUCUCCAUGCUUCAGCAUAGGAUGAGACAGAUUCAAAAUGAUAUUGUCCAUGCCAGGAGAGAGCUUGCCAGCUACAUUGGGCCGCAGGCCGCAAUGCUCCCCGUUGUGCAACAGUACCCGGGGAUAGGGUAUAUGCCCCAACAGCAGCACCCGGGCAAUCCUUCGUCCUCGGUUGUUUUACCCCAACAGCAGCACCCGGGCAAUCCUUCGUCCUCGGCUGUUUUACCCCAACAGCAGCACCCGGGCAAUCCUUCGUCCUCGGUUGAUUUACCCCAACAGCAGCACCCGGGCAAUCCUUCGUCCUCGGCAGUUUUACCCUACAACAUGUCGCCAAUGCUUGGGAUUCCUAUCAGGGCUCCGACGCGUGGUGGGGCAUUGGUGAUUCGCGAGCCCCGGCCCCAUCCCCAGCACCAGCACCACCAAUAUCAGUUAUUUGAGGCACAGCAAUUGGCAGCGGCUUUGGCUGCGGCUGCGGCAGCGCAACAGGAACUUUUACUGGCUUAUGAGCAGCAGCAACAACUGCUGCAGCAUAUGCAUCUGCACCCGGACCAGCAACAACCAGAGCUUGUAAUGUUCAACAGUGGAUUAAUCGACCCAGCGGCCUUAGCGGGCAGUUCGGUCACUGCUAGUGGGUUCAACCAGAUGAAUGCUGCUAUGCCGCCUUCGUUAACUCUGGGCGCAUAUGAGAACCUUUUCGAAAUUGAACUGCAGCAAGGGGAACAUCACGACCCUUCUGAUCACCACCAUCAACUUGAGGCGCAGCUCUUGCUCCAACAACAACAGGCACAAGCACAUAAAAAAGGCAAGCAAAUCGUGCAGCAGCCUGAGGUUGAUAGCAAGAAGAGUAGUACUGUUGGUCUGUACUACUGAUUUUUCUUCACCGAAUCCCUUUAAGCACAUUCCCGUUUUUCAUCAAGUCGAUUUUCAUUCUAGGUACGUAUGUGCUGUUAGAAGUGAAAUGAGAACUCAAAAUGAAAAAACAUUGUGGAGAAAAUCUAACUCUCAUUCAUCCAACGAUUGAUACAAAAACUUCUGCUAUA